AUGUAUCUCCCUGCUUGCGCACCCUCUGCUUGCCCCCGCCACGCCUCAGCAGCAGCCGAGGCGGACCCGUUGGAGCAGUUUGCGCGCAUCGACCACGGCAGGCAGUCGCGCACCGGCAUGCCCGAGGUGGUGUACGGGCAGGGCAAGACGGCGCAGCAGAUGGCCGCCAUCCUCACGGCCAUGGCGGACAGGGCCACCCAGGCAGGGGGGCAGGGGGGCGGCCAGAGGGCUGUCAUGGCCACCAGGGUUGAUGCCGAGGCUGCACAGCAGGUGUGUGCGGUGCUGCCGUCCGCCAUCUACCACCCUCUGGCCCGCGUGCUGCACCUGCCGCUGCCCCUGCCGCCCACAGCAGGCGCAGAGGCGAGUGAGGCUGGCGAGAGUGGUGCUGGUAGCGCUGCUGAGAGCGCGGGUGACAGUGGUGGUGGGAGAGAGGGGACGAGCGGGCAUGUGAUGGUGGUUACGGCCGGCACCACUGACCUUCCCGUGGCCGAGGAGGCGCGGGUGACUCUGGAGCUCAUGGGAGUGCCGGUGGGUCUCAUCGCUGACGUGGGCGUGGCGGGGCUGCACCGCGUCAUCACCCAGCUCCCCAGGAUCCGGCAGGCGGCGGUGGUGAUAGUGGUGGCUGGCAUGGAUGGCGCGCUGCCAAGUGUCAUCUCAGGACUGGUGGACAUGCCAGUCAUUGCAGUGCCCACCAGCCCUUCCACCCUGCAUUCCCCCUCUCACUCCCUGCAUUCCCCCUCUCACUCCCUGCAUUCCCCCUCUCACUCCCUGCAUUCCCCCUCUCACUCCCUGCAUUCCCCCUCUCACUCCCUGCAUUCCCCCUCUCACUCCCUGCAUUCCCCCUCUCACUCCCUGCAUUCUCUUUCCCUGCAUUCCCCUUCCCCCUCACUGCCUGUUUUCCUACUCGCACUCGCUCCCGGCAUUCCCUUUCUCUUACUGUGUGUCCCCCCUCUCUCACUCCCUGCAACCGUCUCACUCCCUGCAAUCUGCCUCUCCCUCACGCCCUGCGCUCCCACCUUCUCGCACCCUGCAUCCCCCCUGUAUCCCACGCCCCCCAGUGUGGGGUACGGAGCAUCAUUUGGCGGCGUGGCAGCGCUGCUGGCAGCACUCAACGCGUGUGCGCCAGGUGUCACCGUUGUGAACAUUGACAAUGGCUUUGGUGCCGCUGCUGCUGCUGCACGCAUUCUUUUAAGGAGACAAUCGUGA